GGGCGGGGCCUCGCCGGCGCCCUCAAGUAGCCGGGGGAACGGCCGGCGCGGCUCGGAGCGGGUGGGCGGCCGGGAGGCCGGAGCCGCGCGGCCGCGGACCUGGAGCGCCAGCCGCGUCUUCCCGCAGCGCUGGCCGCCAUGCGCCCGCCGCCCCGGGCCGCGCUGGGGCUCCUGCUGCUGCUGUUGCUGCUGCCGCCCGUGCGGCAGGCCGCCACGAAGCCGACACUCUGCAUGCAGUGCCGAGGGCUGGUGGACAAGUUCAAGCAGGGAAUGGUGGACACAGCAAAGAAGAACUUCGGCGGUGGGAACACAGCUUGGGAGGAAAAGACGCUGUCCAAGUAUGAAUUCAGCGAGAUCCGCUUCAUGGAGAUCGUGGAGCGUCUGUGCGAGAGCAGUGACUUCGAGUGUAACCGCAUGCUGGAGGAGCAGGAGGAGCACCUGGAGGCCUGGUGGCUGCGGCUGAAGAACGAGCAUCCUGACUUAUUUGAGUGGUUCUGCGUGAAAACGCUGAAGGUGUGCUGUUCCCCAGGAACCUACGGGCCAGACUGUCGUGCGUGCCAGGGCGGGUCGGAGAGGCCCUGCACCGGGAACGGCCGCUGCAGCGGAGAUGGCAGCAGACAGGGGGACGGGUCCUGCCAGUGCCACGUGGGGUACAAGGGGGCCCUGUGCACCGACUGCAUGGACGGCUACUUCAGCGCACUCAGGAACCAGACCCACAGCGUCUGCACAGCCUGCGACGAGUCCUGCAAGACGUGCUCCGGCCCGACCAGCAGGGACUGCGGCGAGUGCGAAGUGGGCUGGGCGCUCCAGGAGGACGCCUGCGUGGAUGUGAACGAGUGCGCGGCGGAGACGCCGCCCUGCAGCGACGCGCAGUACUGCAAGAACGUCAACGGCUCCUUCUCCUGCGAAGAGUGCGACCCCACGUGCGUGGGCUGCACGGGGGACGGCCCAGGCAUGUGCAAAGAGUGCGUCCCUGGCUACGCGAAGGACGGCGGGCAGUGCGCAGACGUAGACGAGUGCUCGCUGGCUGAAAAACCGUGUGCGAGGAAGGACGAAAACUGCUACAACACCCUGGGGAGCUACGUCUGCGUAUGUCCCGAAGGCUUCGUGGAAACCGAGGACGCCUGUGUGCCUUCGGCCCCGGGCGACGGCGCAGAAGAAGGAAGCCCGGCACAGCCGCCCUCCCGGGAAGACCUGUGACAACACACCCAGCGUCAGAAGCCAGAUUCGCCCCUUAAAUUAUUCAGAACGACGUCCCGCGUGGACCGUGGCUCCAGGGACGCCGUCCCCACCCCGGCAGGUGGACAGUCCAGGGGAGGAGCUGCCCUUGAAAUGGUUGAUUGACACUCAUUUGGCCCUCAGAGCUGCAUUUCUCAGUUGUUCAUAAACAGACUCGUUUAUUUUGAUACAGUUCUUUGUAAUAAAAUUGACCCUUGAAGGUA